ACCCAGCCAGAUGUAAUUCAAUACUCCUCCCUCACUCGCCCUUCCCCAGACGCCCCAGAUAUUUCCACUUCUUUGAUCGUGACUUGACUUUUCAUUAGUGCCUCCUAAGUCCUUCCUCCCCCAUUUUCCAAACCCAUUUCCCCUUAAAUCAUGUAUCAUCGAUCCAAACCCUAGAGGCAAACUAUUGUUUUCCCUGGAUGCCAUAUCCAUCAAUCAAUCAGAUGCUCAAAAUAUCUACGCCAAACGGAUCGCGGGUUAAAAUCGUCAUUUAAUUAAUUCUCUUCCAUUUGCGACUCUUACCUCUUUCUCAUUCUUCUAUCCUCACGCUCUCCGCCUUCCGUCGCUCGCUUUGAGCCGUAAUCUCUCCGUUUUCAUCCUCGUCGAUGGAGUCGCAGGACGAGAACUAUCCCGCCACGGCUGCUGAAACUGCGUCGUUUUGGACGGACGAGAAGCACGUGCAGUUCCUGAACUCCAUAGAAGCUUCCUUCGUCACCGCAAUGCUGGAAAACAGCUCUCGCUCAUUCCACCGCCUCCGCCCUCGCUUGCUUGACGCCUCGGAGUCCACUUCGGAUCUGAAUCCCCGCCGCACCAUCUCCGUCAACGCUGCUGAUUCAGGAUUGAUGGGUGGAAGAAGCAGAAUGAAGGGGAGAAGAAGUCCGAGGAGAAGAUCAUCUCAAGCCUACAAUUCCUUCCAGGAUCAGGUGGUCCCAGAGAUUGAGAAACGGACAACAUGAUAUUACUGAUGAUUCAGAGCAGGCAAGUGCUGUCGCGUUGGUUGCAUGACAAGACCCUGGAAUCCUUCUCGUCUCUUCUUUCAAUUUUAUUAUUAUUAUUAUUAUUAUUAUUUAUCUUCUUGCUAAAGUUUCUUUUUUCACUUCUUUUCGUUGUAAUCAGAUAUUAGUUUCCCACACUACAUUAGGUCUUUUUAGAGUACCAUGAAUGGUUUUGAACCCUAAUUCUCACUUUAUAAUCCUAUUUCAAUUAUUUGGCUAGCUGUA